AUGUCAAAGGUGUUGCAGCUCGUUUUGGACAUUAUUGAAACCGAAGUAUGUCCACUUUCAAUCCAGUUUCCAUCCGAAGACCGAGAAAUAAAUGCGAUUAAACUUGGUUUCUAUGCCAAAACCGGAUUUCCAGGAGUAAUCGGAUGCGUCGAUGGAACUCACGUAAGCAUCAUACCUCCAGCUCGCGACAAGCACCUGUAUUACAAUCGUAAAGGGUUUCAUAGUCUAAAUGCUAUGCUGGUUUGUGACCAUAACUUAAUGAUUCGAUAUCUUGAUGCAAAUCACCCAGGUUCCACCCACGAUUCUUUUGUAUGGAAUGGUGGUUCACUGAAUCAGCUCCUAUCACAAAGAUACGAAAACGGGGAGAGGAACUCCUGGUUACUAGGUGAUGCCGGCUACCCUUUGACGCCAUUUCUUAUUACCCCCUUUCGAACCGGUUCAAGUACCACUGAUUGACAGACGAAAUUCAAUGAAGUACAUUCCAAAACUCGCAUCACAGUGGAAAGAUCGAUUGGAGUGUCCAAGAAUACUUUUCGAUGCUUAUUAGGAGCAAGGCAGCUUUAUUGUAAGCCUGAAAAAGCCACGCAAAUAGUAAAUGUUUGUGUUGCCCUACACAACCUUCGCAUUAAGCAUAAAAUGGAUUAUGACGAGCCGGAAUUACAGGAUGGAGAAGUGGAUGCAGAGUUACAUGGUAUGGAUGGAAAUCAACAUGAUGCGUCGAUGAUCAGAGAGGAAAUCAUGGACAAUAUCUUAUAAAUUGCAGGCAAGUUGUUUUAUGCAGUAAUAAAAUUAAACGAAUAAAUGUUGUUUUAUUAAAUGACAUACGACUAACUUAA